AUGGCAGGACUUUUGAGACAAGAUGGCAGCAGGAUACAGCAAUUAAGAGUGAAAGACAGAGACCUCAUUAAUACAUCAAAAGACAAAAGGGCAUACCUGAGCAUCAAGAGACAUACAUGUAAGCUCCAAUGCAAGCUCCAAUGCCCUGAACUCGAAAGACGCUUGCAUAGUUCGGAUUUGUACUGUUGCACGGACCCGUCCAGUGAAUUCUUCAACAUAACCUCGUCGGCCGUGAUUAUACACCUAAUCUGCUCGAGACUCACAACAAUUGCCUUCUCACGGCCUAAUAUUGUCGAGGGAUUUAUAAACAAAGGGUCCAGAAGCCUUAGGUCUCUUGAAGGCAAAGAGCAACGUCUCAUCACUGUAAAUUUAUCCAGCUCCACAAUUUUCGAAUUCCCAUUAGGGUCGAUCAGAAUCCAUGAUCGGCUUCCGAGAUUAUGA